AUGGAGGCGUCCAAAAAAAUUUGUGCUGUUUAUGGACCCAAUACAGUAUCGAAUGCAACAGCAAAGCGGUGGUUCCAACGAUUCCGUUCUGGUAAUAUGGACGUCAAAGAUGAGGCACGCUCUGGCAGGCCAAUCGUCGAAAAUGUCGAUAAAAGCAUGGAAAUCGUCGAGUCGGUCCGGCAUGUGAGCACUUAUUCCAUUGCCCAGGAACUGAAGAUUAGCCAGAAACUCGUUUGGAACCAUUUGCAUAAGGCUGGUCUCAAGAAGAAGCUCGAUGUAUGGGUGCCACACGAAUUGACGCAAAAGAACUUUUUGGACCGAAUUGUUGCCUGCGAUUCUUUGCUGAAAUGUAACGAAAUCGACCCAUUUUUGAAGCGGAUGGUAACUGGUGAUGAAAAAUGGGUCACAUACGAGAACAACAGCCGAAGAAGAUCGUGGUCCAAUCGCACACCGAAUUUUCCAUGGUCAAGUCGGUUAGAGCAGCACAGCAAUAGUUCAAAUAAGGGUAAAUAA